GAAAAUUUUUAUUGCCAAGAGCAAGACAAAUACAAUAUCCUUGGCAAAAAAAUCUUUCUGCAAAAUAUUUUUUCUGGUUACCCUUCUUUUUUACAAUGAAUCCAUCCACUUUGCUAGAUCUUUCUACUUUUAAGGUUUUCAAUUCUUGAUCAUUCCAGUAAAACAAGUUUUCUCAGCUAUUUUCUUGUAGGAGAAUUAAUCCAGCUACUGCAAACCCUAGCUAGGUGAAGAAAAAAAGAAGGCCAAAGUAGAACAAGAAACCAUGGAAGGGGGUGGAGAAGUAAAGGAAGAGAAACUCCCACCGGGAUUCCGAUUUCACCCCACAGAUGAAGAACUCAUCACAUGUUAUCUGAUUACCAAGAUUUCAGAUCCAGGUUUCACAGGAAGAGCUAUUGGAGACGUUGAUCUCAAUAAGUGUGAGCCAUGGGAUCUUCCAGCAAAAGCAAAAAUGGGAGAGAAAGAAUGGUACUUCUUCAGCCUCAGGGACCGGAAAUACCCGACUGGAGUGAGGACAAACCGUGCGACGAACACCGGAUACUGGAAGACCACCGGAAAAGACAAGGAGAUAUACAAUACCAACACAUCUGAGCUGGUGGGAAUGAAGAAAACCCUAGUUUUCUACAGGGGGAGAGCUCCCAGAGGAGAGAAAACCAAUUGGGUCAUGCAUGAGUAUCGCAUUCACUCUAAAUCUGCCUAUAGAACUGCCAAGGAUGAAUGGGUAGUGUGUCGAAUCUUCCAGAAGAGUGCUGCAGGGAAGAAAUACCCUUCAAACCACUCAUCUAGGGGAGCAAUCAAUCCCUACACUUACAAUCUUGAAAUGGCCACAAACCCUAAUAAUUCAAUCCCAAUCCCAAUCCCAAUUCCAAUCCCACCACAGAUGCAGCAGCAGCUUCAACCUGAUCACACCUUCCAAAUCCCUGGAAGACCCUACAUGACUCCUGCUGAAUUUCAAGAAUUCAACAAGGUUUUCCGGGCUGCCGGUACAGCCGCCAUGCUCAAUUUGCCAAUCCCACAGCAAGCCAACUAUGGCCCCGCCAUGGCGGCCGGAUUGGGACCGGGAGCUGGUUGUUUCACUAUAUCUGGCCUGAACUUGAACCUCGGUGGCAGCGCCGCACACAGUCAGCAGGUCAUGAGACCAGUAGUGCCACCGGGACCAGGUAUGAGCCAACAAGACAUGGCUGCUGCUGCAACUAUGGUGAAUGAUGGUGCUGCAAUGGUUGGAGAGCAUCAUCAGAGUGGGAGCUAUGGUGGGGAGAUGAGCAAUGGCAGCAGCAUGAAUAACAGAUUUAUGGGCAUAGAUCAAUGUGGUGAUUUGGAUAACUACUGGCCUUACUGAUUGAUCCCAAUGCAAGAGACAUCUGUAAGGACUAGAGGACAAGAAAUUUAACUAGUUUGAUUAUAUUAAUUAAUUAAGAAAUGUCUUGUUUUUCUUACCUUUAUCUAAAUGGUGUAAGAGACCACGUCUUAUAUAGUCUGUUUGUUGUUGAAUCCAACUUUGUCUGCAAGAACAGUAAUCUCGAAUAAAACAAUACACGU